AUAAUUUAUCUUUGCAUAGUUAGGUGUCAAAAGACAAACACGAAUAGUCCUCUGUCUCUAGGUACUAAGGCUGGGGUAGUAAAAGUUUGUUUAUUCCUCUCUAACCAGUCCUUGUUGAUGUUGUUUAAACAUUCCAGUUGGGGCCUUUUCCUCGUAAGGCGGGUUCUUGAUCUGGCUCCAACGUGUACUUUAAUUUAAGGAUUAUUUCCCAUAUUGAAGAAUGCCAAUGAAGCUUGAUAUUAAAAGAAAGCUUCUAUCAAGAUCUGAUCGAGUUAAGUCCGUGGAUUUACAUUCAACGGAACCAUGGAUUUGUGCUGCACUGUAUAAUGGAAAUGUGCAUAUAUGGAAUAUUGAGGCUCAGCAGUUGAUAAAAACUAUCGAAGUUUGUACAAACCCUGUUCGCGCUGCGAAAUUUGUUGCUCGCAAAAACUGGAUAGUUACAGGCUCUGAUGACAUGCAAUUGCGAGUUUUCAAUUACAAUACUCUUGAAAGAAUUCAACAAAUAGAAGCACAUUCUGAUUAUAUACGAUCUAUUGCUGUGCAUCCUACUCAACCAUUUAUCCUUACAUGUUCAGAUGAUAUGCUUAUACGUUUAUGGGAUUGGGAAAAUAACUGGACAUGCGCUCAGGUGUUUGAGGGUCACAAUCAUUAUGUUAUGCAUAUAGCAUUCAAUCCAAAGGAUAAUAACACGUUUGCUAGUGCUUCUUUGGAUCAUACAGUCAAAGUGUGGAGCCUAGGCUCAGGUACUCCAAACUUCACUUUAGAAGGUCAUGAGAGAGGAGUCAAUUGUGUAGAUUAUUCCACAUCCGGUGAUAAACCUUAUUUGGCUAGUGGAUCAGAUGAUAGAACUGUGAAAAUAUGGGAUUAUCAAACGAAAGCAUGUGUUCAAACUCUCGAAGGUCAUGCUCAAAAUAUCAGCUCUGUUUUAUUCCAUCCUGAAUUGCCAAUAAUUCUUACCGGGUCUGAAGAUGGCACUGUACGAUUUUGGCACGCUAACACUUAUCGUUUAGAGUCAACAUUAAAUUAUGGCUUAGAACGUGUCUGGACUAUGACUUGUCAACGUGGUAAACAAAUAGUUGGUAUUGGUUAUGAUGAAGGCACUGUUGCUAUAUCUUUGGGUCGAGAUGAACCUGCCAUGUCUAUGGAUGCAUCUGGAAAAUUGGUUUGUGCUAGACAUUCAGAGCUAGUUCAAGCUAAUUUACGAUCAUUGAACUUCAGUGGGGAUGGAAGUGAAAUGAUUCAGGAUGGUGAACGUCUUCCAGUUACUUUCAAAGAUAUGGGUACAUGUGAAAUAUAUCCACAAAUUAUUGAACAUAAUGCUAACGGACGUUAUGUGGUUGUUUACGGUGAUGGCGAGUACAUAGUUUACACUGCUAUGGCAUUAAGAAAUAAAACAUUUGGUCAAGGAUUAGAAUUUGUAUGGUGUCAAUCCGAUGCUGGAGUUUAUGCUGUUCGUGAGAGUAAUGCUGUUGUUAAGGUUUACAAACAAAUGAAAGAGGUUCGUACAUUUAAAUUAGAUUAUGGUGCGGAACAAAUAUUUGGUGGACAUUUAUUAGGUGUACGUUCAUUAACUGGUUUAACAUUUUAUGAUUGGUUAACCGGUCGAAUUAUUCGACGGAUUGAUAAUAAUCCAAAAGGUGUUUAUUGGAAUGAAUCUGGUCAAUUAGUAGCAUUAUGUACAAAUGAUACAUUUUACAUAUUACGUUAUUCAGCUGAUGCUGUACCAGAUUCUAAUUUGCCAACAAUCAAUAAUAAUAACCAUGAAGAUAUAGAUGGAUAUGAAAAAGCUUUUCAACUUGUACCGAAUGGUGAAGUCAAUAGUCAAGUACUUAAUGGUCGUUGGUUUGGUGAUGCAUUUAUAUUUACAACACAAGGGAAUCGUUUAUGUUAUUUUGUUGGUGGUGAAGUAUUCACAUUAGCUUUAUUGGAUCGUCCAAUGUAUUUAUUAGGUUAUUUAGCAAAAGAAAAUCGUUUAAUUCUAGGUGAUAGAGAUUUACAGAUUGUUAGUUAUACUCUAUUACUCAGUGUAUUAGAAUAUGAAACAGCGGUAUUACGUGGAGAUUUUACAACUGCUGAUGCUAUUCUACCAAAUAUAUCAAAAGAUCAAUAUACAAAAAUUGCUCAAUUCUUAGAGAAACAAGGUUAUCGAAAACAAGCUAUGCGUGUCACUACAGAUAUGGAUCAUAAAUUUGAAUUAGCUUUACAAUUAGGAGAUUUUGAAUUAUGCCAACAAAUUGCCAUGGAUGGUGAUGCUAAAACAAAUGAAGCUAAAUGGAAACAAUUAGCUGAAGCCGCUUGUAAGGCUUGUAAAUUUAAAUAUGCUGAAGAAUAUCUAUCACGUACAGACGAUUAUGCUAGUCUAAUGUUAUUAGCGACAAGUUCAGGGAAUCGUAAACUACUUGAAUGGAUUGGCAAAGAAGCAGCUACGAAAGGAAAUGAUAAUAUUGCUUUUCUAGCACGUUUUCUUGUCACUGAUUUGGAAGGUUGUCUUGAAUUGUUAACAAAUGCUAAACGAUUCCCUGAAGCUGCAUUUUUUUCUCGUACAUAUUUACCAAGUUAUAUGCCUGAAAUAGUUGAACAAUGGCGUAAUUGGUUAGAUAAAUCAAAUAAAGCCAGUGCAAAAAUUGCUAAUUCUUUAGCUAAUCCAAAAGAUUAUCCAAAUUUAUUUCCAGAUCUUGAGGAGGCUUUAUCCACAGAAAAAUGGUUAAAAGCUGAUAGAAAAGCACGUUUAAAUUUACCCGCUUCAGCUUAUCCAACUCAACAGUUACCAGGUGAUCGUGAUCUUCACGCUGAAAUGCAAAAUAAACCUAUCCCCAUGGAACCAUCAUCAUUUGAUGAUAAAUUACCAUUUCAUGGUAAUUUAAUUUCAACAACUACCAUAAAUAAUAAUAAUUAUAUACCGACUAUUGAAGAACAACAACAGGAAACUAUUUCACCGCCUGUUGUUAUCGCUCCAACAACACUACAAUCGAAUAGUAACAAUCGAAAUGAUUCUGGAGAUAGUGAAUUAGACUCGGUCAAAUUGAUCGGAGAUGAGGAAGAAGAGGAAGCAGAUGAAGAAGAGUUGGACGAUGAUGUUGACGAUGACGACGACAACGAGGAGGAGGAAGAGGAAGAGAAUAACAAUAAUGAUCAAGUGGAUGUUGAAGCAGAACAUAUUGAAUCUUGGUACGAUGAUGAUGAUGAUGAUAGUGAUGAUAAUAUCGUCGACGAGAAACGUAGUAGUGAAGUGAAAACCACAUUGUCUGGAAUAGGGAAAUAGUUUAAAUAUAAAUAUUUUCUACUUUAAUAUUGUGAUCACUGUUAUUUACUCCGAAUUGAUUUACUUUCUGUCUAUUAUUGACUUUUUGUUAGUCUAUUGUUCUUCUUUUAUUGGUUUUAUGUAUGUUUAUUUGUAUACUGGGCUUGUUCACCAGUUUUUUGGUUGUUUGUGAAGUGGUUAUGCAGUCUAAUAACAACACAUUUAUACAUAAUAUACACUUGUAUGUAUA